UUGGCUAACUUUUGUGUUCUAUGCCAAUGGUCAAACGUAUACUGGCAAUUACGGAGCGGGUACCUCUGGAUCAGGGACUGGAUCGGGAACCAAUACUGGUGCCAACACUGGAACUAACACUGGAACUAAUACGGGAACUAACACGGGAACCGGGAAUGGCAGCGGAACCGGCUCCAGUUCAGGGACCGGAAGUACGGGAAGCGGUAGUGGAUCGGGUAGUGGAACGGGAUCCUGCACUCCAAUACCGAACGUUGUCGCGACUCCUAACACGUAUAACAUCGGCCAGCUGAUGACCCCCGGACCAUGGUAUGGCUACCUUACAUACAAUAGCGAUUCCGGCACGGCGCAAAAUCCAACCGAUGUAAAUGUCGUCAAUUACUACACCAGUCUGGGAACAAGCGUCGAACCUACCCGAAGCCAAUUAUCUGAAAUAAUUUACCAAGAAAAGCGCAAAUAUACAAGUGGUUCUUGCGCUUAUGAAGUGGAAGUCUGCGAAUUCACGAACGACGGACGCCAGUUUGGGCCGUAUUUUGGACUGACCAGUUCAGGGGCUAUAAAUGAAGAUGGUUACGAUGUUUCCAUCAUCUGGUCAACUGACCAGUCGUCGUACGUGAUGUUCUUUUGGUGUGCUAAGCACAACUGGGCAUCGGGAGCUUGUGCCAGUACUCAUCUUUAUGUGUACACCAAAACCAAACCUACGGACAUGUCGAACUCAGCCAUACAAUCUGUUAACAGCGCGGUCAACGCUGUUCUCCAGCCCUACUGCCUGAGCUCGUCCCAGUUCGCCGCUUACAAGUGGGACAACACAUUACCGGAAUGUCCAGAAGCGAUAUGGCCAGACUGUUUUAAUCACACUGUGAACUCCUACAAAACACUGAUCGAAUAACGUAUCAUAAGAACAGUGCACUGGAAAAAGUGUAUCGCAGCGCAGUUUUGUUGUCUCAGUUAUUAAUUGUCAGGUAUAAUCUUAACUACGACGGUACUUUUUGCUAUUUGCUAAUAAGCGGUCUUGUAAUACGCACUUUUAUGCUGUUUCGGAUCGAUUUAUUAAAAUGCCUACUCUUUCGGUAAAUUAGUGGUACAUAAAACACAGUGUUGUAUAACUACGAAGCAGGUUUUUGUCUUAAUCUGGCCAAAUCGCCCUCAAAACGUCUUUUAUAUGGGCCAUUUUUCGAACUUCUAUUGUUCACACAUGCACAUAUUGCGGCAUUAAA